AUGUCUGGAAUUCCUCAACAACAACACGAAGUGGCGCAGCCGGUUGCGCAACCCCAGGCGCAAGUUGCUCAACAAGUCAAUGACAACAACGAAAACAACAAUGAAAACAACAACAAUGGUAAUGGUAAUGGUAAUAGUAACGAAAUCAACAAUAGCAGGAACAACACCACUAAUAGUGAACAGGCGAAUGUUCAAAUGACUCCUUCUGCGGACAACGAUGAGGCGUCCGAUGAAGACACCAAGGCUCCAAAGCGGGAACGUAGGAAGAUUGAGAUCAAGUUCAUCCAAGACAAGUCCAGGAGACACAUCACCUUCUCCAAACGUAAGGCUGGAAUUAUGAAGAAGGCCUACGAAUUGUCCGUCUUGACAGGAACCCAGGUCUUGCUUUUGGUGGUGUCAGAAACUGGCUUGGUGUAUACCUUCACCACUCCUAAACUGCAACCUCUAGUCACAAAGGCAGAAGGUAAAAACUUAAUUCAGGCAUGUCUUAAUGCCAGUGACGAUCAAGGCCAGGAUGACGAUGAGACCCAGAACCACGAUGACGCUCAAGCACACGCUCAUGCUCAAGCCCAGGCUGCAGCACAAGCCCAGGCUGCAGCUCACGCUCAAGCACAAGCACAAGCCCAGGCACAAGCACAAGCACAGGCCGUUGCACAAGUACAAGCACAAGCAGCUCAAGUUCACGCCCAAUCGGUUCCUCAGGGCGCAGUUCCACCUUAUCAGCAACCGCAGGAUAUGCACUAUCCAAACCAACAGGGUUAUCCGACCAACAUGAAUAGCGGUUAUCUGCAAAACGAUCAACAGAGUUAUAGUUACAACGAUUCAAACUUCCAGUAA